AUGGGAGCGCGAGCAGCCGCAGAAAUGUCGUCCGUCCGCGCGCUCAUGCGGCUUGGGCGACUCAAGUUCAUCCCGUCCUCCUCCAUACUCGCCCUCUUAGGCGCACUCUCACGUGACAUUAACCACCACGGCCCUGGCGGCGGUGACGGCGGACUCACUGAGCCGCGCUUCCGCAUCGAAGCGUUCGUUCCCGUGGCGCUCAUCGUCGCUUGCUCACACGUGAUGACGCAUUUUUGCAGCGAGUAUUUCGACUACGCCGCAGAUGUCGCCAACAAUCACCGCGGAAAGUGGAACGGCGGUUCCGGCGUGCUUCCUGCCGGCCUGCUGCCGCGUUGGACGGCGCUCAUCGCGGCGGGCGUGCUGUUCGCCGGCAGCAUCGGCGCGCAGCUCGCGUUUUUCAAAGCGUCGGCGCAGUACGUCGCGUGGGCCGCCAUGUUCCUCUCGUGCGCGUACGCCGCGCCGCCCUUCAAGCUGCAGUAUCGCGGCUUCGGCGAAGCGACGGUGGCAGUCGUUCUGACGUGGUGCGUUCCCGCGAUGGGUGCGCUAAUGCAGCGGCCCGACGACGCGUUCGUGCUUCCGACGUCGCUGCGCGCGAUCAUCCCGCUGUUAUUCGUCCAGCAAUUCGUGCGGAUGAUGGUCAUGAACCUUCCCGACAUCGAAUCGGACCUCCAAUGCGGCAAGAUCACGUUGACCGCGCGAAUGGGGCCCGAGCGGGUUGCGCGUUUGUAUCGAUUCGCGCAGUACGCGAUUGGUGUCGUGGCGGUGGGAUUGUUCGGUUCGGGGCACAUGACAAAGGUGCUGACAGGAGGAAAAAAGGGCAGCGAGACGGAAAUGAGGGGAAAAGGAAAGUGA